AGGCCACAAUCCACAUAGUUCAUGAACAGAAAUUAAAAAUGGCGACGAGUAGUUCGCCUCUCCUUUCUACUCUCUUCCUCCACUCUCCUCCUUCCUCCUCUCGCAUCUCUAACGGAUCCUUCUUCAAUCCCUCUCCACGAUCUCUCUCCCUCUACCCCGUCCGAUCCAGACGGUGCUUACGGAUCCUCUCGAAGCUUCCGCUAGACGACACCGAUAACGACGAUUGUGCUCUUCUCCCGCGGUUAUCCGCCGCCGUCAAGCCUUUCCUCCUCCUCUGCACCUCCGUCGCUCUGUCGUUCUCGCUCUUCGCCGUUUCUCCCGCCGUCGAGUCCGCUGCGGCGUUCGUCGUCACUACCCCGCGGAAGCUCCAGACGGACGAGCUCGCGACGGUUCGGUUGUUCCAGGAGAACACUCCUUCCGUUGUCUACAUCACGAAUCUCGCCGUGAGGCAGGACGCGUUUACAUUGGACGUGCUUGAGGUGCCGCAAGGGUCUGGUUCUGGAUUCGUGUGGGAUAAGAAGGGUCACAUUGUUACUAAUUAUCAUGUCAUCCGUGGUGCUUCUGAUCUCAGGGUCACUCUUGCUGAUCAAUCAACUUAUGAUGCCAAAGUGGUUGGAUUCGACCAAGACAAGGAUGUUGCGGUUCUACGUGUCGAUGCACCUAAAGACAAAUUAAGGCCUAUACCUGUUGGAAUCUCUGCGGAUCUUCUUGUCGGCCAGAAAGUCUUUGCCAUUGGCAAUCCUUUUGGACUUGAUCAUACUCUUACAACUGGUGUUAUAAGUGGUUUGCGAAGAGAGAUUAGUUCUGCUGCAACCGGUCGUCCAAUCCAAGAUGUGAUACAGACAGAUGCAGCUAUUAACCCAGGAAACAGCGGAGGACCGCUUCUAGAUAGCUCAGGAACCCUAAUUGGUAUAAACACAGCCAUUUAUUCUCCUUCUGGUGCAUCUUCCGGAGUGGGCUUUUCGAUCCCAGUUGACACCGUUGGUGGCAUCGUUGAUCAGCUGGUGAGGUUUGGUAAAGUCACAAGACCAAUCUUAGGUAUCAAAUUCGCACCGGACCAAUCUGUUGAGCAGCUGGGAGUGAGCGGCGUGCUUGUCUUGGACGCUCCUCCAACUGGUCCAGCUGGAAAAGCCGGACUUCAGUCAACAAAACGUGACGGGUACGGGAGGCUAAUACUAGGAGACAUAAUCACGUCGGUGAACGGUACAAAAGUUACAAACGGGAGUGACCUUUACCGGAUUCUUGAUCAAUGCAAAGUCGGUGAUGAGGUGACCGUAGAGGUUCUAAGAGGAGAUCACAAGGAGAAGAUCUCUGUAACUCUCGAACCAAAAGCGGACGAGACUUGAAGAAAGUUGUGGAAAGAAAGUAAAUAUAACGAUAGAACGGAGCAAAAAACCGGUGGGCUUAUUCUUGUAUAUCAAUUGUUCGGAAUAUAGAUCGUCCAGUUGUGUAUGUAGAAAAGACAAAUCUGUUUAUAUUUGCAUAGCCGGUCUUAUGGUUUGGAUUGGACUUUUUAGACCAUAACCGGUCUAAACCCUCAGUAGAUUUCUUUAUCACAGACAAUUAUAGGACAACUCUUUUUCAAGUGGA